GCUUGUAAUGAAUCUAACCUCAGCAGAUGAUUUCCGAAAAUCGUUUAUUGGAAUUUGUGCAGAACUACCUUCAUCUGGUAAAGUUAAUCCGAUCUUCUGUUCUUGAAAAUCCUUCACGCAAAUUCUGUGAAGGAUCCGAUGGAAGGAGCUGGUUGCUGGUUGCUCCCGUACGUGGAAGUAAGUCAACUUCUCUCACAGGGUCACAUAUAAAAGAGCGAUCCUCGUCUUGCAAUUCAUCACAUGAAGAAAGCACGAACAACGACGCCAGCAGCGAAAACUUCACUGGACUGAGAUCGUUGCGAACGAGUCCGUGGUCUAUCUCUCUGGUCGACAGAGAGUAAGAUCUGCAUCAAACCUCGACGUGAGGAGGAGUUCGAGAAUUGCAACAUGGCUCGCCUCUUGCUCGGCCUGAUCGGUCUCGCCGUCGUCUGCCUGGCCCUGCAACUCCAAGUCCAUGCAGCCACUCCGCCGAAGGAUCCAUCGACAGACUACGUGAUGUUGCCGCAGAGCACCCAAGGAGGUCCAGAACGUGCGUCUUGCCUUUCUGGCCCCUGCAAAAACCAAAGGCUCACGUGUCCUCAGCAAUGUCCGAAGCGAUCCACCCAAGCCCCUGGCAAAUCAGCAUGCUUCAUCGAUUGCGCAGCUUGCCACACCGUCUGCAAGCAUAGGAAGCCCAACUGCUAUGGAUUCGGAGCGAUCUGCUACGACCCACGAUUCGUCGGCGGAGACGGAGUGAUGUUCUACUUCCACGGGAAGAAGGAUCAGGAUUUCUGCAUUGUGUCGGACCGCAAUUUGCACAUCAACGCGCAUUUCAUCGGGAAGAGACCGGAGGGUAGAAGCAGGGAUUAUACAUGGGUCCAAGGGCUGGGCAUCAUGUUCGACUCCCACAAGCUCGCCAUCGGAGCCAAGAAGGUGGGAACGUGGUACGACAACAUCGACGAGUUCACAUUCUCCUACGACGGCGUCGACUUCACCAUCCCGCACCACGACGGCGCCAUCUGGACCUCGUCCGACGGGCAGGUGGUGAUCGAGCGAACCAGCGAGGCCAACAGCGCCCACGUCCUCAUCAACCAGCUCAUGGAGCUGAGCGUGGACGUGGUUCCCAUCACGGCCGAGGAGAGCCGCGUGCACAACUACCAGGUCACGAACGAGGACCGCUUCGCUCACCUGCAGAUGCAGUUCAACUUCUUCGGCCUCUCCUCGACCGUGCACGGCGUACUGGGCCAGACUUAUCAGCCCAACUACCGGACCACAGUUAACACCAACGUCCCCAUGCCCAUCAUGGGCGGCGACGAGAAGUAUCUGAGCUCGUCUCUGCUGUCGACCGACUGCCGAGUGACUCAGUUCUCGUCUGAGCCUUCUGCCACCAGUGAGCUUCCGGUCAUCAAAAUGCCCAUCCAGUGCACUAGCAAGGAGGGCGGUAUGUCUUGCAGGCGAUAGACAGGUACCAUAAGACAGGUACCAUUUUUCGGCAGACCGUAGAAAGCAGAAGAUUUAGAAAUAGGUUAACUAAGAUAAAUCGAAAUAAUGGAGGUCUUGUGGAGUAUUUGCGAAGAAAAUACAUGACCAGACCUUCUAUAAUUUCCCGAGGCUUCAAUUACAGCACAGCAAAUUCCUCGUAGGGUGCAGUUCAUUGCACCGAUCACACCUUUGUUCUGAAUACUGAUCUCGCCUUCACCUUGAAGGCAUGUCGAUCGUUCUAGUUCUAGACUAAACUGUAGAUCAGAAUAGUACAGUAUGUAGAUUCAGGUGUAUCAAGCUAACAAUGAAUUUGAACAAAUAGGCAUUGAUAUGAUCAUAGAGUUGUCACAUGUUUGUCAAUGGUUUUGUGUCAGGAUGGGUGAAUGAAAUGACCCUCACAAUGUCACUCUCAUACAUCUCGAUAUUGAGCCUUCUGCAGUCACAAGUCUAAAAUUAAAUAAAGAAUUCAUUAUCUUUAUC